GAGAAGCAAAAACCAAAAAGAUCAUCAGAUGGCUGUGAAGACGGAUCAUAGACUUCGUGCCAGAAACAGAUAUGAGGUUGCUGGAGGAAACAAUGAGAUGGAUGAUGAAGAUUAUGAAAAUGCAGAAACUGUUUUUCAUCAAAAAGAAGAUUCAGAUGAUUCUGAUGAGGACUAUGUUAACGUAGAUGUUGAUGUCAAAACUAAGGCAGUGGCCAGUUAUGGAGGUGCCAAAACCACAUGUGAGAUCACCAAUAGAGGGAACGGGACAGACGAUGAUGAUGAUGACGAUGACUACGAUGAUUAUGAAAAUACAGAAGUCACUGUCCAGAAAAUGGAUCAGAGAUCAGACCAGAGAGAGGAUUCAGACGUGUCUGACGAGGACUACAUCAACAUAGAUGAAGAAGCAGAGAAACUGGCCGUGGACAAUGACUAUGAGGAUGAACAAAUUCAUGCAAACACGGAUUAGUGUGGUAAACUAAACAAUUUCACAUGUGUCACUGUAAUUCAAACGCACUUUAACUGCAUCAGGAUAAAAAUAGUCAGUCAUUUUUUACAGUUAUUUAUAAAGAUGAGGAGGGGAGACCAGGGCUACCUCAGUCUGUAAAAUUCAGUGCUUGUUUGCACAAUACUUUUCAAACAUUCAUGCAACAUGCACUUAUUUGUCUGUAGCAAAUAGCAGUGAUAUACGAACACGCUUGAAUACUUAAUACCAACAGUGAUAGAAAGC